AUGGAGAAAUUCCUCAUGAUCUUUAACCCAAAAGGGCCCAAGGAACCAUCAGUUGAUGCUUUUGGCAACUCAGUCUACCAACUUUGGAAGAUUCAUGAUAAAUGGAAUAGAGAAGAUGGAUCAUCUCUAUAUGAAGUCCAAUUUUGGGAAGAUUUUAAAGAUAAGAAUGAAAUCUAUUACUUUGAUGAAGAAUUUAUGAAGAAUAGGUAUGGAGAAAUGGUUGGGAAAUGGGAAGCCUUGUAUGGUGAGGACUGGAAACAGAAGUAUGGUGAGUUGGGGCAUAUUUUGAAUUCAAAAGAUGAGAGAUCAAUAUCAACUCCAAAGAGAAGAUUUGAAGAUACACCAAGUAAGUCAAGAUCGAUUGAGAAGAAAUCGAGAAGUGGGAAUUCUUCCAUGUCGGGUGGAAAUAAUACAGGUAACUCUCCAGUUACUGGUGAUAGUCAUCCAAAGUAUACUUCAAUGCCUACAUCAUUUUCACCCGCAUCAAGAAGUGAAAAUUCUCCCAUUUCAGGUGGGAAUGAUUCAAAUGUGAGUAAUCCUUCACUGGGUAAUACUUCUCGUCCGAAUAAUGGUAAUGCAUAUACUUUACUGCCUCCACCAUUAUUGCCAGAAUCUUCCCAAUCUUCAAGAAGAUUGGCUACAACCCAACAAGGUAAUGUCGGGCUAUCUGGUAACUCUUCUGUCCCUUCUAGAUUUACAAGACGAUUAGCCUCAAGAUCUUCAGGACCAGUCGAACAAUCUGCGAGAGAUCUCACUUCGAAAACUGGACAUCCGGAAUCUCCAUCUACAUCUAGACAACCUGCGAGAAGGAUACCAACAUCCUACCCCUCUUCCCUUGGACAAUCUGCGAAGAGUCCAAUUUCAUCGUCGAAUCAAUCAAGGUCUGUGCCGGUAAUUGGUCCAUCUGCGGAGCAUUCAAAAGUAAGAUUUUCUCCUUUACAAUCCGAACCUUUGGAUUCUCCCGAUCCCAUGGAUAUCGAUACGGAAAUUCAACCGGCAGAGCAACUGAGGGAAAGUAGAUACCGUCUUUACUAUUCAAAAUUCGACGAUGACUUUGAAGAGAUGGUCGACAAAUUCGACGAAAGAGCAUUCAAAGAUAUAAUCAAUUCCAUACUUGAAAAAACUGGAGACGAACUUGCCGCCAUUGAACAAGAAGCUAUAGACGAAUUAGGACCAGAUGGGAAUGUACAAAUGGUUGAUGUUGAUGGUGGAGAGUAUGCCGAAAAUCCUGGAAUGAUACUUGAUGCUUAUUCCGAUCGACUCAUCGAAGCACAUUCAAAAGGUUUGAGAGAAUUGGUGGAUGCUGCUUUGGAUUUAGAAGGUUUACCUUGUGAUAAAUGGGUCAACAAAAGAAGGGAAGAUGGCAAUCUUGAGGUAAUGAAACUCGAACUACUUUUCAUGUCGGCAUGUAUUCAUCCUGAUGUGUUGAAACAUCUUGUUCAAGGAGAUUUGCCAAAAGCUUACUCGGAUCCAUCAAUGAUAUCUAUGAGAGCACAUAUGGCAUCUAUGAUGGAAGGACAUAAGAAAGAAAAGAGGAUUUUCAUUUAUAUCCAUUAUUUGGUCAACGAAAUUGGAGUACCCCCCUCACCCUCAAAAUUGGAACAUGUUUUGAAUAUCGCUGACAUUUACAUUAGGGGAUUCGGUAAACCUAAUGAUCAAGAAUCAUAUCGAAUUUCCAAAAAGAUUGAUGAAAUUAUUGGUACUCACAAGGCUGAACCCGAUGGAAAGAGAAGGUAUAUCAAGGGCAAUACUCAAUAUGAAGUUAUAAAUGAGUGGAUUUCCCUUGUUCGUAAGAGGAUUGAAUUUGAUCAAUUCAAAAAUCGAUGGGAUGAACCAUUAUCUCGUCCCAUUUCCGAAGUCGGAUUUGCAUCAAGUCUUCAACGUUUGGAUCAACAUAGAAAGCAUGUUAGUUCCAAUUACAUUAUGAAUUUGAUUGAAGCUAUCUUUGCAACGGAAGGUGGUAUUUAUAAAAAUCAUCAAUAUGUUAUUUUUAAUUGCGUUGAACCAUGUCAUGGAACAUUUGGGGAAAUUUUAUGUUCCAGGUAUGCUCAAGCUUAUUCAUCACAUGGUGGAGGAUUUUCCCAUUUCGUUGCUGGUGUAAGUGCUGCGAAUUUAUAUAAGCAUGAAGAACAAUAUUGGACUUUAGUUAAAGAAGAUUUGAUAGAAUCAAAUUGGUUCAAACCAAAUAUUCGAAAGGAGAUGAAGAAAUUACGGGAGGCAACAAGGAUUCAUCAAAGAAUUCAAACUUCAGCAGAAGAACAAGAUGAACAAUUGGAAGAGAUGAUUGAUACAACGAAGAAACUGCGAGAUUUGAAAGGACAUUUGGCGGAUAGUAAAGAGAAAGUCUUGAAAAAGACGGAUGAGUAUUUGAGUGAGAUGGAUUCUAUGUUGGAACUUUUAGAAUUGAUUGAAUCUGGUGAUUUAGAUGAUUUAGAUGAUUAG